AUGCACAGAGUGACCACUACCCAAGCUACUCUAGGAAAUGACACCUGGGAAGAAGAAACAUGGCUAGAGGUUCUGAAGAAUUUCUCAUUUCCCUGCAGACCAGAGGAGAUAGUAUCUAAUGCUCCAUCAGAGUCAGUUCAUACUCUGAGAAUUUCUGACAUCAAAGUCGUCGGGGCCAUUGGGAACCUAGAAAUUACCCCAGAUGCAAGCAUCGACCUGAAACAGCAAAAAUGGAUUGAGAGAAACCAAACAGAGACAUGCACAGAAGUGGUGACAGUUCUUUCAGAUUUUAUCAAGAGGUUCAGUCCAUCUGUGUUGCCACUGUCAUGUCCACCUGUUGAUGAGACUUUGCCAAGAGUUGGAAAUGAAUACCUGAUGGCACAGGCCACAGAACUGGUACAACAUAUGAAAAAGAACAAGGAACUGAAUUUUGAUAAUGACUGGAAGCUCAUCUAUGUCUUCUUUGACUCCCAGAUCCAGUGUCAUCCUUGUUUCUCAACUCAACAGGAUGAUCACAUGAACAGCAGCAUGCAAGAACUAACAGGAGUCUUGGACUAUUUGCAUCAGGAGGUCCCCAAAGCCUUUGUGAAUCUGGUGGAUGCUUCCGAAGCUUGGAUUCUAUCACAGAUGGAGGAUGGACCCAGGAACCUGAAGGAAGUGUGUGAGUGCUCAGAGAAUUAUUCUGAACUGGUCACAGCUUUGAAGAGAUGGUACUAUCAGGGGAACGAGACUCUUGGCCCCUCCCUGAACAAGUUGUCGCUUGUGCUUGCCUUGAGCCUCUGGAAUGGCAUGAUGGAUCCAACACUUGGAAAGGAAGAGUUAUUUUCAGAGGAAGAAGGAAUUACAGUGAAGUGUCCUACUGAGGAGCAUCCGUUUCUAGUCACCUAUCUAAAUCGUCAUUACCACCCCGACUUACCCCAAACCACCAAGAAGCCUGAGAAGAGAGAAGGAGCAGAAAUUCGAUGUCCUUAUAUGGAUCCCUCCAAUGUGGUGCCCACUUCAGUUCAUAAUUUGAGACCUGCUGAUAUCAAGGUGAUCGGAGCUCUGGGAGACUCACUAACUGCAGGUAAUGGUGCAGGAUCCCCACCUGGCGACAUCAUUGACGUCCUCACUCAAUACCGAGGUUUGUCUUGGAGUGUUGGCGGGAAUGAGAACAUCAGCACCGUCAGUACCCUAUCAAACAUCCUCAGGGAAUUCAACCCAUCCCUGAUUGGCUUCUCCACUGGCACUGGAGACCAUUACAGCACGAAUGCCUCCCUAAAUCAGGCUGUGCCAGGAGCCCGAGCAGAGGAUCUGUCUAACCAGGCUAGGAGAUUGGUGGACCUGAUGAAGAAUGAUACAAGGAUCAAUUUCCAAGAGGAUUGGAAGAUUAUAACCCUCUUUAUAGGAGGAAAUGACCUCUGUGGCUAUUGCAAUGACCCGGUUCGCUUUUCUCCUCAGAACUUCUCAGGAAACAUUGGGAAGGCUCUGGACAUCCUCCAUGAAGAGGUUCCCCGAGCCUUUGUGAAUCUAGUAAGUGUGCUAAGAAUUACCAGUCUGAGGGAGCUGUACCAGGAGGAGAAAGCUAACUGUCUAAAGUGGCUACUCAGCUUCAUUUGCCCUUGUGUGCUGAAGUUUGAAGACAAUUCUACGGAACACUCAGGCCUCAUUCAGUUGAAUAAACAAUACCAGGAGGCAACUCAUCAGCUGGUUGACAGUGGAAGAUAUGAUACUAAGGAGGAUUUCACAGUGGUUUUGCAGCCAUUUUUGGAGAAAGUGAAUAUGCCCAAGACCCCGGAGGGGUUGCCUGACAGCUCUUUCUUCGCCCCAGAUUGUUUCCAUUUUCACCGCAAGACCCAUGCACGUAUAGCCAGGGCGCUCUGGAACAACAUGCUGGAACCAGUUGGAGAGAAGAAUGAUGAAGUUCAGUUUGAAGUCAUUAUGGAUCUAAUUUGCCCUAGUCAGGAUCAGCCCUACCUUCGAACCUACAAGAACAGUAAUUACACGAAUCCAACAGCAGCAGCACCCACAGCAACAGCAACCACCAGCAGCCCUAAUCUGGAUUUUGGGAGCCAGCUGAAGUGUGGUGACACAACCCCCUCUACCUCUAUUCCCACCUCAGUACAUGCUCUGAAGCCAGCAGACAUUCAAGUUGUUGCAGCUGUGGGUGAUUCUCUGACCGCUGGAAAUGGAAUUCGCUCGAAACCAGAUGAUCCUUCUGAUGUUACUACUCAAUAUCGGGGACUAUCAUACAGUGCAGGAGGUGAUGCCUCACUAGAAAGUGUGACCACCUUGCCUAAUAUCCUCCGAAAGUUUAAUAGGAACCUAACAGGCUUCGCACUGGGCGUGGGGAGUGCUGAUGAUGCCAACGCCUUCCUCAAUCAGGCGGUCCCAGGAGCAAAGGCUGAGGGACUUAUAAAACAAGUCCAGACCCUGGUGCAGAAGAUGAAAACUGACCAGAGAAUUGACUUUCCAAGAGACUGGAAGGUGGUCACUGUGCUUAUCGGGACUAAGGACCUUUGCGACUACUGCACUGACUCAAACUUAUAUUCAGCCACCAAAUUUUCUGCUCACCUCCGAGAUGCCUUGGACUUCUUGCACAAAGAGGUGCCCAGAGCUUUGGUCAACCUUGUGGACUUUAUGAACCCCAUCAUCCUGCGGGAGGUGUUCCUGGGUAACCAAGAUAAGUGUCCAAUGCUGCAGGCGAGCUCUUCAUGUAACUGCCUCCUGACGGUCAGAGAAGGUUCUCCAGAGCUGGCCAGAAUGAAAGAAGUCAUCAAGGCCUAUCACAUCAGCAUCCGAGAGUUGGUGGAGUCAGGCCGCUAUGACACUCAAGAGGACUUCACGGUGGUACUGCAGCCUUUUUUUGAAAACACCAGUCUUGCCUUCCAGCCGGAUGGAAGUCCAGAUGUCUCCUUCUUUGCCUCAGACUGUAUCCACCCAAAUCAGAAAUUCCACUCCCAGCUCUCCAGAGCCCUUUGGAACAAUAUGCUUGAACCAUUAGGGAAGAAGAUGGAUUUCCUGAAUUUGGCAGCAGAUACAGCUCUAUCCUGCCCAACCCAGGAGGAGCCCUUCCUGAGGACCUACAGGAACAGUAACUAUACAUACCCAGCCAAUCCUACUAUUGAGAACUGGGGCAGUGACUUCCUGUGCCCUGAGCAGGAGCUAUCCAGCAGGGCUCCCACAUCAGUCCACCAGCUCCAACCCGCUGACAUCAAGGUGGUUGCAGCUCUGGGAGAUUCGCUGACUACAGCUGUAGGAGCUGCAGCAGAAAACAUCGCUAACCUGUCCACAGCUUGGAGGGGACUGUCCUGGAGCAUUGGAGGAGAUGGAGUCUUAGAAACUCACACUACUUUGCCAAAUAUUUUGAAGAAAUUUAACCCCCAUCUCCAUGGAUUUUCCACCGGUACCCAGAAGGAGACAGCUGGACUAAAUGUAGCGGCAGGAGGGGCCAUGGCACAGGACAUGCCAAGCCAGGCCCGUGAACUAGUGGAUAGAAUGAAGAACAGCUUGGAAAUUGACCUGGAACAAGACUGGAAGCUAAUCACCAUCUUUGUUGGAAGCAAUGACCUCUGUCACUAUUGUGAAAACCCGGAGGCCCACUCGGUGAAAAAUUACACACAGUCCCUCCAACAAGCACUGGACAUCUUCUACAAAGAGCUGCCUCGAACCUUCAUCAACGUGGUAGAAAUUAUGGAGUUGGUCAGUCUACGCCAGAUAAAAGGGGAAAAAUGUGAAGUGACGACUGAAUCCAUUUGCCCUUGCUUUGGACGUUCCCUGGAUAAUUCUGAAUUGCAAGAAAUGAAGAACAUUAAUAGAGAAUUCCAGAGUGGCAGCUCAAUGAUCACCUACAGUUACCAAUACACGGAGCGGGAGGACUUCGCUGUGGUGGUGCAGCCAUUCUUUCAAAACACUGUGGUCCCAUUUGAUGAUAAAGGAAACCCAGACCUGAGCUUCUUCUCUGUGGAUUGUUUCCACUUCUCUGAGAGGGGACACGCAGAGAUGGCCAUCGCCCUCUGGAACAACAUGUUGGAACCAGUGGGCCAGAAGCAGACCUACAAUAACUUUACCUACAGCCGGACAAAAGUCAAGUGUCCAACCUCUGAUAACCCCUACUUCCAUACCUUGAGGAAUAGUGGGCUGUUUCGACAGGAAGCCGACGAGUCCUCCAAGGUCCCCUACUGGGCCGUGCUGCUGGCUGCUGUUGCCAGCUUCGUGGCUGGUGUGGUGUUGGUGAUGGUGUGGAGGCCCAGGAGAUGCUCCAGAAGGGAAGAGCGCCCUAUAAACCUUGUGUCCAGAGGUUUUUAAGCAUCAGCUCCCACGGGAACUACCUUAUAUCAAACUCCUCCCCCCAAGGCACUCCCCCAGGGUUCUCUCUACCUCAGCCAGCCCUUGCCAACAUCCAGAUCAUUAAUUUCAAUGUCUGGUGACCACUGGAAUCCUCACGGAACAGCAUCAGCAUUCUGGGGCUAGGUCUCCUGAAAUCACUUUGCAAGCCAUUUAAAAUCGAAGACUAAUAUUUUUAAAAUAAAGGCAAAAAAGCCUCCCUACUCUUAGAUUAA